UACAUUCCAGUCUUCAUUUGUGUCAACAGACAUGAAGUGGUCGGUGUGUCAGCUGUUAGGUGUAACUUUGUUGUCAACAGUUGUCUCAGCAUGUCAGUCAGGAUGGAAUGGAUACCGUGACUCAUGCUAUCAGUUCAAUGUGGUCAACAAACAAAGCUGGAGCGACGCAAAGAAUGAAUGCCACAAAGUAAAUGCACAUUUAGUUGUGAUAGAAACACAAGAAGAGAACGAUUUCCUUGCCGCUCAUCUAAAUGGACUGAUCUCCUCGACAGAUAUUCACCAUGACAGCGCCUCUUCUGUGUGGAUUGGAGGCUCAGAUGAUGACACUGAAGGAUUCUGGGAAUGGUCAGACAUCAACAAACUCAUCUUGGAGUACACUAACUGGGCACCAGGUGAACCUGAUACAGGUGGAGGCGAUCACGAUGAAGACUGUAUCAGUAUGGUAGGGAGGAGACAUUUUCAGUGGCAGGAUAGACGUUGCUCGGAGUCACAUUCUUAUGUCUGUGAAAUAACAGAAGGAAGUCACGCUGUUGGCUGAUUCGCCAAGAACUUGUCAUUGAUGUUUCAAUAUCUAUUGGGAAAAUACAAAUCUAAAAUAGGAA